UAUAUUCACCCACAACUUCACUUCGGUCAACUUCGUCAUUUAGUGGUGACCGAAACGUCGAUGUGUGUGGUAGUGAAGUUAACUUUUCUAACAUAGAUAUCUCACAUUAAUAACAAUAACCAGUAACUAAAGUACAAUCGCUUAUUGAACGUGUCUAAAGAAACAUUUAACGUGUCAAAGUUACAGAAUAAUAAUCAAAAUGUGUGAUAAUAACAGUCCUUCGACGCAAAGUAUAGCGGACUACUUAGCUCAGUUGCUCAAAGACAGGAAGCAACUGGCUGCGUUCCCAAAUGUUUUCAUGCACAUGGAACGACUUCUGGACGAAGAAAUAGCGAAAGUGCGAGCCAGUUUAUUCCAAAUAAAUGGAGUCAAGAAGGAGCCGCUUAUUCUACCAGAAGCCGAGGGUAUUGUUACCACACUCACAGAAAAAGUAUACGUCCCAGUCAAAGAACAUCCAGAUUUCAACUUCGUGGGACGGAUUCUAGGUCCCAGGGGUAUGACCGCUAAACAGUUGGAACAGGAAACGGGAUGCAAAAUCAUGGUCAGAGGAAAAGGAUCCAUGAGAGAUAAGAAAAAGGAGGAUGCGAACCGCGGCAAGCCAAACUGGGAGCACCUGGCUGAUGACCUGCACGUUCUACUCACAGUAGAAGAUACUGAGAAUAGGGCGAAGAUAAAACUCGCCAGGGCUGUCGAGGAAGUCAAACGUCUGCUUGUACCUCAAGCGGACGGCGAAGACGAGCUGAAGAAGCGUCAACUGAUGGAGUUGGCCAUCAUAAAUGGCACGUACCGCGACUCCAGCGCGAAGGCCGUCGUGCCCGUCAACGGUCAGUGCCUCAUAAGUGACUUCACAGCGGACGAGGAGUGGAGGCGCGUUGCUGCCGCAGCGGCGGAGACACAGCGUCUGUUGGCGCCACAAGGCGGCGUGGGCAGUGUAGCUCUCCGCACUCAGGCGCCGCUUGGGGCGCCCCUGAUAUUGUCACCCCGCAUGUCCGGUCCUGGCGCCCAGGCAGGCCUGCUGAACGGUGGAGGUGCGGGCGCCGCGGCCGGGCUGCUGUCCCCGGGCGAGCCGGCGCACCAGCUCAUCUACGCGUCUCCGUACGCUGACUACGCGAACUACGCAGCGCUCACUGCGGCCGCUAACCCGCUGCUCACGGCCGAGUACGCCGCCGCUGACCAUACCGCGUCAAGGUAUCUGCUCGCUGGCUUUUGACAAUGGCCGCAAUCGCACCAGACCACAAUAAGGCACGACAGGAAUCGACAAUCUCCGUAUCGUCUCCAACAUUUAUACCGUCCUUAAGUUCCGCGUCUGCGAUCCGUUGCGAGGGGCGCCAUCUACACUCAUAAAAGCCAUGCAUAUGCAUACAUUAAGAUAAUAUAUUUUAUUUUAAGUACGACUUAGUCUAGUGACUCGAAUAUUUGUACCUUCGAUGUUUAUAAUUUUAGACGAUCUUUAUAACCUACAUCCGUUUUGUACAGUUAACAAAAAAAUUAAGUUUAUGAACAAACUAAAAAAAAUAUUAUUUAGCAGAUUUUUUAAUAUUUAUAUUAUUUUUUUUAUUUUACAAAUAUUUAUUGCGAAUUUUAUUUGACCGUUGUCUCGUGUUAAGAAGGCAUGGAAGUUGUUUCGUUAUUUCUAGUUAAAUAUUUUAGUUUAAUCAUUUGAACUGCCAAUAGAAACGUUUCAAGUUACCGAUAUUUCAUAUACAAAGAUGUAGAUUGUUUAUAAUUUUUAUUUAUUAUAUAUUUUUUUUUCGUAGACAAAAAUAUUUAAAAACAUAUAAUAUAUCUUUAUAACCCUUGCUUGUAACAUAACUAAUAUAUUAACAAUAUGUUUAUCAGAAUGUAUGUUUUUGAACUUAAAGUUAUUAGUUUUCACAAACCAUUGAAAUCAUCAUCUUGCAUGAACUAUAUUAGAUUUUCUUUUGAUAUUUUAAUGUGAAUAACAAUUCGAGUUUUUAUUAACCACCAAAAUCUCUGAAUGACGAAUUAUUUUAUAUAUUCGGCGAUUACAAGCAAAAGGGACCAAUUAAAAAAUUUAUUAAAAAAUCCACAUACGAAUAUAAUAUUUUUAACUAUUUAAUAACACUGACAUUUUUUAAUAUUUACUAUAUACGAACAAUUCUAGAACAAUCUAGGCGGUUUAUACGAGAUUUUUUUUUAAUUUUACGUUUUAUCAAACUACAAUUUAUAAUGUUAU